AUGGCGUCUGCUGAUCUGAGACAGGACCUGGACUGUUCCAUCUGCCGGAGCAUGUAUACAGACCCUGUAACCCUGAGCUGUGGCCACACCUAUUGCCGGGGCUGUAUUGAUCGUACGUUGGAUACACAGAAGGAAUGGUCAGAAGCAUAUACGUGUCCUGAAUGCAGAAAAGAGUUCAGGAAUCGUCCUGCACUGCAGAGAAACAUAACGCUGUGUAACAUAGUGGGUAAAGUUCCAUCUACUCAACCAGAUCAGGAGGACACUGGGAUCUUCUGCACUUACUGUGUGGACUCUCCCGUGCCUGCUGCUAAAUCCUGUCUGCAUUGUGAGGCUCAUCUGUGUGAUAAACACCUGAGAGUACACAGCAAGUCAACAGAUCACGUCUUAUCUGCUCCCACCACUGCCCUGGGGAACAGGAAAUGCUCCGUCCAUAAGGAACUCUUCAAAUAUUACUGCACUGAGGACUCUACGUAUAUUUGUGUGUCAUGCAAACAUGAGGGAGAACACCAGGGACAUCAGGUGGAGGUUAUUAAUGUAGAGUUUGAGAAGAAGAAGAAAACACUAAGAGAUGUUAUGCACAAACUGAGCACAAAGAGAGAUGAGACUGUGAAUAGAUUCAGGAGUCUGCAGGACCAGAAGAGCGAAUAUGAGGGAAAAGCAGCUUAUGUAACAGAGAGAGUCACUGCCCUGUUUAGAGACAUUGGAAACCAGCUGGAGGACCUGAAGAAGAGAGUCCUCAGUGAGAUCUCCAGGCAAGAACAGUUCAUUUCAUUCUCUGUCUCUGAUCUGAUCCAGCAGCUGGAAAUAAAAAAGGAUGAGCUGUCCGGGAAGAUGCGUCACAUGGAGGAGCUGUGUAACAUGUCUGAUCCACUAGCUUUCUUACAGAGUGCAGACUUAAAAGCCUUCUGUGAUACUAAGCUGCUGUGUAACAUGUCUGAUCCAGUGACUGUCUUACAGGAACCAGACACAGGUGAUACUGAGAAUAGAAUGAUACAUGGUAACCAGUCCCAUGGCGCAGGAGAUCUGGAUGUGGGUCUCAUCUCAGGGACAUUACACACAUUGUCUGAUCUAAUAAGAGGUAUAAAGAUGGGUAUCUAUGUACAGCAACCUACAGACAUAAUAAUGGAUGUAAAUACAGCUAAUAAUAAUUUACAUUUGACAAGUGAUAUGAGAAUGGCAUCCUGGUCACAUAUAAACAAAAAACGUAAAGUAAUACCGGAAAGAUUUCAGGAUUGCCCUCAGGCAAUAAGCACUGGGAGUUUUUUCUUAGGGCGACAUUCCUGGGAAGUUGAUGUCACGGAAUCAGAGAGCUGGAGUGUAGGGAUGUGUUAUCCCAGUAUAGACAGGAGAGGACGUCAGUCAGUCAUUGGGUAA